GGUGGCGGAGGAGGCUAUCGUGGGGAUCGAGGAGGGGGCGGUCGCGGUGGAGGUGACCGAGGUGGAGGAGGCGGAGGAAGAGGAGGUUUCUCGUCCGGACCUCCUGAAGUCAAAGUCUUCAAGUAAGUCCCCUAAAACAGUGCCAUAACUGCUUCACUCACAAACUGUACAGAAAUCCUGGCAAUGAUCCUAUCGCCCCGGACACCCAGGUCAUUACUACCGAGGACAAUUAUAUGAAGAACAGCAAGGGCAUCAAUGCUCUAGCUAACCUCUCUACUACCUCCCGAUUUCCCCCACGCCCAGGUCAUGGAACUAUGGGGAAGAAAAUCAUUGUUUACGCCAAUUAUUUCAAAAUGAUUGCACCACCCAACCUCAGCCUCACACGUUACAACGUCGAGGUCUCCCCUCCUGCCACAGGCAAGAAGUUGGGUAGGAUUUUUGAGCUACUUCUUGAGCUGCCCGCAUUUUCUGGAGUUGCAACCGAGUGGAAAUCGAUGAUCAUUUCUACCAGAAACCUCAACCUCCCGCCCGGUUACACCAUCCAGAUCCCAUACAGAAAAGAGGGCGAGGACGAGCCCCUUACUCGUGCCAUCACGUACAAUGUGAGAGUGAUCACGCCACUUACAUACUUGGUGUCCGAUCUCAUCAAUUUCCUGGCAUCUCAAAAUCCACAGCCGCCAUACCCUCAAAAAGCUGAGGUGAUUCAAAUGAUGAACGCUGUGUUCGGCUGCUAUCCUCAGGCUCACCCUGGUAUUAGCUCCAUUGGACAAAAUCGUCACUUCUCUCUGGAUCGCAGCCAGGCUAAUGCGCAUAACGUCCAUGUUCUCGGCGGUGGAUUAGAAUCCCUCCGCGGCUAUUUCUUGAGUGUUCGACCAGCCACUGGAGGAUUGCUACUUAACAUCAACAUCACGCAUGGUGUUUUCUUCGAACCCGACCGGCUAGAUACAUUGUUCCCCAAGUUAGGUACUGGGAACAAGACCACUCUGGCGAAGAAGUUGAACAAGCUUCGUGUUCGUGUUACCCAUUUACCGGGCAAGAAGAACAAGAAGAACCAGGACGUUCCCCGUAUCAAGACCAUAUGUGGGCUGGCACUGAUGACCGAUGGCCGCUCGGAGGAGCAUCCACCUAAGAUCACUGCUAACCAUGGUGGCCCGACGCAAGUCAGUUUCUGGUUGUCUGAUACUCCUCCCGGGACAGCCGCUGCUGCACCAAGUACCUCUGGAAAAGGUAAGAAGUCUGGCGGAUCUCAACCAGGCAGCCUUCCCACGAACCAGUACAUUACCGUCUACAACUACUUCCAAAAGAAGUACCCGCUUAUUCAGAUCAGUGAUCGUAAUCCUGUGGUCAACGUUGGCAACAAGGAGCAUCCUAUGUACCUGCCUGCUGAAGUCUGCGUUGUCUUACCUGGUCAGCCAAUUGGCCGUCGUCUCAGUCCUGCCCAGACCCAAGAAAUGAUCACUUUUGCUUGUCGUAAGCCCUGGGAGAAUGCCAAUUCCAUCGUUGGAGAUGGCAGAGCUGUACUUGGACUCAACCCUACGGCCAACUCGAUUGCUGGCGCUUUCGGUAUUCAAGUCGGAUCAUCUCUAGUCACUGUGGCCGCCCGUGUCUUAGCACCUCCACAGAUCAAGUACAAGAACGCACGUACGAAACAGGAGACUGUCAUGGUGCCAAGAUUUGGUUCGUGGAACAUGGCCAAUGUCCAGUUCCAUACCGGCAGCAACCUGGGCAGGUGGACCUACAUCUAUUUCCGAUCCAACAGACGCGGAGACAACUUCAGUGAAACAGACCUGCAGGCAAAUGUCGCCAAGUUCAGAGCAUUCUUGAAUGAUUCUGGUAUUAAUGCGAACGGAUACAUUCAGGUCCCGCCUCCACCUACUGUUAACCUGUACGACGGUGAAAAUGCUCGCAACGACAGCAUCAUCCGUGACAUAUUCCGCAGGUUCCACACGGCAUCGCCCGAGGUCAAACCGCGCUUUGUUUUCUGCGUGCUCCCAUACAACGACGUGGCUCUUUACAACAGCAUCAAGACUGUUGGUGACACUAAAGCUGGCAUCCACACUGUCUGCGUUGUCGGUUCCAAAUUUAUGAAGCAGAACAGACAAGAGCAGUACUUUGGCAAUGUAUCGCUGAAGUUCAACUUGAAGGCUGGCGGCAUCAACCACACUCUCGAUGCUGGAAAACUUGGCAUCAUCAGCGAAGGAAAGACAAUGGUGGUCGGCUUAGACGUAACUCAUCCUUCCCCUGGGUCCAAGGAAGGUGCUCCCAGUGUUGCAGGCAUCGUGGCAAGUGUUGACAGGUGGCUCGGUCAAUGGCCAGCCGAUUUCAACGUUCAGACCGGAAGGAAGGAGAUGGUGGAGGCAUUAGAGUCGAUGAUGAUUUCCCGCCUCAAGCUCUGGAAGAAGCGGAAUAACGAUGCCCUUCCCGUUAAUAUCAUCAUCUAUCGGGAUGGUGUUUCCGAAGGACAGUAUCAGUUGGUACUAGACGAGGAGCUUCCUCUCAUCCGCAAUGCUUGUCGCCAGAUCUACCCAGCUGAAGCAACGAAAAAAGACUUCCCAAAGAUUUCAAUCAUUGUCUGCGGAAAGCGACAUCAUACUCGAUUCUAUCCUACCGCUGAAAAGGAUGCUGAUCGGUCAUCCAACUGUGAACCGGGUACAAUCGUUGACCGUGGUGUUACUGAAGUCGGCGCUUGGGACUUUUUUCUUCAGGCUCACUGUUGUCUGCAAGGCACAGCUCGCUCAGCUCACUAUUAUGUGAUUCUAGAUGAGAUUUUCAGAGGCAUCAAGCCAGUUGGUCAGCACAAGAGUGCCGCGGAUGCCUUGGAGGACCUGACGCAUAACAUGUCUCAUCUCUUUGGCCGCGCAACUAAGGCAGUCAGCUUGUGCCCCCCGGCUUACUAUGCUGAUCUGCUGUGCACCCGCCUCAGAUGUUAUUUGUCUGACCAGUUCGAUCCCCAGGAAACUUCAGCCACACCCAGUGUUGCAAGUGGUUCGACUGGAACAAAGGGCAAAGACGAUCCAAUUGCCAUUGGUGAUGCGCUUAAAGACUCAAUGUUCUACAUCUAGGAGGUCUUGAUACUGAGCACGGAACGUGCUUGAGAUGCUAAUGCGAUUUUCCUGCCUCUUCUUCAUUUUUGCAUUUCUGAGAUACCGCUGUGUAGCAAGGGGUGCACUACAACACUCAUUCAUCGAUACAACGAGCGGGAACCACUCUUUUCACAAGUGGGCGCAGCGGAUGCGAAUCAGCCAUCCUUUAUUUGCAAAAUUUGGUGCAGGGUCCUAUCGUAGGCAACAGGGCUGUGUCGAGCAGGGGACA